AUGGAAUGCAGAUAUGUAUUAUUUUUAAGUAAGUUCUUCCUAUGCCUAACGGCUGCAUAUCCUGAGUAUUCGGAAUCAUUCUUAUUGAACAACCUGUUCAAGGAUUAUAACCCUAAUGUCCGACCUGUGUUAAAUUACUCUUAUCCUAUUAUCGUAUCAAUAGGACUUGAGUUAAGAAAAAUUCAACAUUUAGAUGAAAUUCGGCAAUCUUUAAAAACAACAGUUAGUACUGUGCUUUAUUGGAAAGAUGAACUGCUUACAUGGAGACAGACUCAAUAUCACGGAAUAUCAAGUAUUGAAUUUCCGUUUAACAAACAAAUUUGGACUCCGGACGUAAUGAUUUACAAUGCUUUAGACAAGCCGGGUGAAUUUGGAAUGAAAGACGCCUUCGUACGGCUUUACAGUAAUGGACAAAUCUUUAUUUGGACAAUGAUAAACAUCGAUACAGCUUGUGAAGUUAAAACAAAGACAUUCCCGUAUGAUGUACAAACUUGCAAAAUUGACAUUGGCAAAUUUAUAAGUUCCGACAAAAAGGUCGCGAUUAAACCACUGUUCAACGAGAUGGAUAUGAGAUUUUAUGUUGAAAUAGCGGAAUGGGACAUAACAGAAAAUUAUGUGACAACACGAGUGGUUACCUAUAAUGAAUCUUUUGAUACUUUUAAUGACAGUUCUGAAUUUACGUUCAUAACGUACAACAUAACAAUGAGGCGAUCCUGUAAACUGUGCUUUUUCAACAUAAUACUUCCUGUUCUGGUACUAGCUGUACUUGACUUGCUCUCAUUUUUCGUGCCGUGUGAAAGUGGAGAAAAAACUAGUUAUCCAUUGUCGAUGUUUUUAACAUUGGCAGUGUUUCUCACGAUGAUUACUCAAUCGUUGCCGGAAUCAAUUGACGGAAUAUCCUACCUUAGUUCAUAUGUUACAUUCCAACUUGCGAUCAGCGCAAUAACACUUAUGUCGGCAGUGAUUUCCUUACACCUUCACCACAGAAUGUGCAACAACACGCGUGUGUCAAGACUUGCACGAUUUGCAAGUUACAUUUCAAAAUGUGGAAGAUCAUCAUCCAUUACAAAAAGGAAACACAUUGAAGAAAAUUGCCCCAAAAUAAAAGAACAAGAUGAAACAGAAAAUACCUCCAGUAUAACUGAAAGAGGUACAAGUAGAUGGAUGGACCAUGCAUAUGUGUUUGACCGACUUAUGUUUUUCUUUGUUUUGCUGUGUCAAAUUAUUGGUUCUAUCAUUUUCAUUGAAGGUGUCUUUAAUUGA